AUGAAGGUCUCCUCUACCGCAGUCUUCAUGGCCGCCGCCAUGGGCGCCAUGGCUCACCCGAAUUUCUUGCUUCGCCACCGAUCCGUCGCCCACGUCGCCCACGUCAAGAGUUACCACGCCCCCCCACCGCAAGACGAUGCCAAAAAUGUUGCAAACGUACCGGCUGCGUCCUCUUCAUCAGCUCCUCCCCCGCCGUCGAAUCCGUCUCCGGCACCCGUCCAGUCGAGCCAGCAAGCCUCACCCAAGAAGCAGGGCUCUACCGGCCAGGGUCCGACAUCGUUUAAGGAUUUCUGCGGUCGCACUAAGCGCGCCACGAUAGCAGACAUUGUAUCGACGGGCAAUGUCGGUACCGACUCUGACUUCGGCUGCAACUUGAUGCUCGUCUCGAGCGACAUUGUCAAACAAUACCCAUACAGUAUCACCUUCGUCACCCAUACUCAAGAUGAAUACAAGUGUGCUUGCUGGAACAAGAUGGGCAGAGACCGCAAACCCAACAGCGGUCAUUUCCUAGGCCAAGAGGUCUUCCAAUUCACCAUCCCUCCUGGCGGCAAGCAGGGCCUCGCCAUUGAUGCCAACAGCCAAGGGGCUUGUGUCUGCAACGCUACCGCGCUUCCCGUCUUCCAACAGACGGGCAUGUUUCAAGGCAGCUGGAUCGAGUUUGAUUUCGGCAGCGAAAGAAACGACGACGUUGCUACAAAGGCGAAGGAACUCUACAAUGGCUUUGAUGCUUCGUGCCUUACCGCUGUCGAUUCAAACGCGAUCAACAUUCCUGGCCUCAUGACCUGCCUCAGCAAUGAUCCCAAAUCGUGCUCCACCGUUUUACCUGGUUGCGUCCAAGGGGGCCGUGGCUACGUCAAAGGCAUGAACGCCUUGGACGGUAUUUCUGUCGACACCCUCGGCACCAAUGUCCACAUCAUCGCCAUCCUCGAUUAUCACACGGGUGUAGACGUCUCGCCUUUCUUUCUUCCAUCUACGCCUGUUACAGAUUCUUGA